GUCACCGAUGAGGCUGGGGUCCAGAAGAAGGUGGCAGGACUGAAGGCAGGGGACUACUUCGGAGAGAAAGCCUUGUUGCGUGCAGAACCCCGUACUGCUACCAUCAGAGCUGAUACGAUGCUCAGCACCUUAAAAAUCACCCAGAAGGCGUUCCAAGACUUGGGCCUUCACGAAAAGCUGCAGUUCGCGAACCGCCGGGCUGUGGGUGGUGGUGGCGGCGUGCCGCAGAAGGCCAAGCCACCCACUGCAAAAACUAGCGACGACAUCGCCUUGAUCACAGAGGCUUUGAGGAGCAACGAGAAUCUGGCGACCAUGACAACCUUGGAUGAGGCACGCUUGCGAGCCUUUGUGGAUGUGAUGUGGAAGGAGGAAGUGAAGGAAGGCCAGCGGAUCAUUGUGGAAGGCGACUUGCAGGCGGACUACUUCUAUGUGGUUGAGUCUGGGCGCUUUGAAAUCUCCAUGGAGGACAGUGAGGAGGGCGGCCAAAGUGCCGAACAUGCCUUGCACCAUGCUGAGAGCAAGGUGUUGAACGUCUUGUCCCAGGGUGGAUCCUUUGGAGAGUUGGCCUUGCUGUACUUCGUGCCACGAGCUGCUACUGUGCAGGCUAUCACAGAUGGCGUCGUUUGGGUGAUUGACAGAAGUAACUUCAAGGACAUUCUCAUGAAGGUCUCAGACAACAAGCUGAAAGAGUACGUGCGGUACUUGAACGAUGUGAGCAUCUUGGACACUCUCCUGGAGACCGAGAAGAAAGCACUGGCCAAGGCAUUGGUGGAGAUGCACUUCACACAAGGCGAGAUGGUGGUCCAACAAGACGAGCCCGGCAACACCUUCUACAUCAUGUACGAGGGCAAUGUGGACAUCAUCAAAGACGGCCAAGUGGUUGCCAAUCUGGAGGCCAGUGUUUCGCGUGGUUCAGCGCAGUUCUUUGGCGAGAAGGCCUUGCUGGAAAACGAGAAGCGCGGAGCGACGGUGCUGGUGAAGUCCAAAACUGCCAAGUGUUUGGUCUUGGAUCGUGAGUCCUUCGACAUCCUACUUGGACCUUUGAGUGACAUCAUCCAGGGACAGCGAGAAAACAAAAAGGUGGUGCCCGGAGCCGAUGGUGGCGACAUCUGUCGUGGCAAGAUCAAGCGCCAUGACUUGCAGCGUGUGGGCCUGUUGGGAUGCGGUGGCUUUGGCACAGUGGAGCUGUGGGAGCACAAAGGCAAUGGCGAUACAUAUGCAUUGAAGGGCCUCAGCAAGGGCUAUAUCGUGAAGACUGGCAUGCAAGACAGUGUUAUGAACGAGAAGAACAUCCUCAUGAUGACGAACUCCUCGUUCAUCACCAAACUUUGGGAGACCUACAACGGCACCCAGACCUUGUACUUCCUCCUAGAACCUUGCUUGGGUGGCGAGCUUUAUGCCACCUACAACAGGAAGGGCUUCCAUGGCUCGGAGAAGCACUGCAGGUACUAUAGUGCCGGUGUGAUCUAUGCCUUUGAACAUCUUCACGCGCGACGAAUCAUCUACCGGGACUUGAAACCUGAGAACCUGCUUCUGACGGAAGGUGGACACAUCAAGCUCACUGACAUGGGCUUGGCCAAGUUUGUGAUUGGCAAGACCUUUACCAGCUGCGGGACCCCGGACUAUUUUGCACCGGAGCUGAUCGCCUCCACGGGUCACACCAAUGCAGUGGAUUGGUGGACCCUGGGCAUCCUCGUCUUUGAGCUGAUGUGUGGCCAUCCUCCCUUCGAGAGUGCGUAUCCAAUGCAGAUCUAUGCAAAGGUGACCAAGGGAAUUUCCAAGGUGCCUUUCCCUUCGACAUGCAACGGCCCCUGCAAGAGCCUGAUCGAGGGGCUGUUGCAGCAAGAGCCCAGUCAACGUUUACCAAUGAGGCCUGGCGGUGUUAAGAACCUCAUGAACCACAAAUGGUUUUCUGACAUGGAUUGGGAAGCUAUGAAGGAUUUGAAGCUCCCAACGCCCUACAAACCAGUAGUGAAGAACAAGCGCGACUUGGCCAAUUUCAGCGCUCGCAAAGAGGAUGCUCCAAGGCAACUGGAGUACAUCGAUCCUGGAACUGGAGAGGCCACUCAAACAUUCUACUCCCAGGUUUACAGCAGCCUUGCACCUGUGAACCGUUGGGCUUGUGCGCUCGGAGCGACACCGGUGCGGUUCUUCGUGGCCCGUCUCACAGACCGGAGAUCUGGUCAUAGCAAGGGCGGAGUGUUUCACUACGAGCAGCCGGGUCGCGCUCGUGAUAGGCCAGAGGUCUUCAGCGAAACCGGUCUUAUUGGGCCACAAAAUCCUUUCAAUCCACGUGCGAAGCUGGAUGUGACCCAUUUUGUCGUGCCCGAGCUCUGGGAGAAUGCUGCGUUUCGCGGCAACCAGAGCGACAAGUUUCGGGGCGGUCUGCUGCGCGAUGUGGAAAAGGCAGCAGAUCUCUUUUACUGCAUGUCGACGGCUGAAAGGUUCAGGAUCCUAAGCUGUUCCAGUGAAAUUGUGACCAUGUCGCAGACCAAAUUUGUCGGUGUCCUUUCUGGAGCAAACAAGUUCGGCAGGUGGAUCCCGGAGCCCGAGAUCCGCGCGCGUGCCGUGGCGGGUGCGGCGAACUUGGACUUCUCCCAGGCGCUCUUCAUCCAUCCGGAGAUCACCAUCCAUGCCACGGCCUUCUGGGGCGGCGUGCAUCUCAUCGUGCCGCCAAAUGUGGUAGUUGAGCAGAACGGCCGCGCCAUCAUGGGCGGCUUCGGCAACAGCGGGGGUCUCUACCACAGCAGCUCCGGCGCCAUGCCGGAGACCAUGGGCAACACGCAGAUCACCAUCAAGGUGCGUGGUACUGCUGUCAUGGGCUCGGUAUCCGCCAUGGUGAACCGCCGUGCCACGCCCGCGCGGCUGAUGACACUUGAGGAGGCCCAGCUGGAAAUGCAGCAGCCAGCGGUGCCCUCCACGACACAGGAGGACAUGCGCCAGCAGAUCCUGGGCGAGGUCUUCGCGGCUGCGCCCAUCCUGCAGCACCUGAACUUGCCCGGUGCCACCAACCAGGCAGCUCCAUCUGCUCUGCCACAGCAGGUGGUGCAAGGAAUCCCAGUUCCAGAGAAGUGA